AUGAGCGGUGGCACUGUUGGUGCUACGCUCGUGGUCGACAGCCUGAAUGCAAAAUCGAGGGAAGGGGCGAAGGUCAAACUUAGCUUGAAAGAUUGCAACAUUUUGGUACCUUACACUGAAAAGAAAUGGCUUUUUGUAGAGAACCAAACAUGGGAUGUUUGUAAGAUACGCACUGAUUUUUGCAACAGUGCCAGGUCCUUUGCUACCUCAUUUCAGGCCAAGGCAAAGAAGGAAGAGAAGGAAAAUGGUGGGCGGCGCUUAAAUGAGCAAAUCAAAGCUCAGUUUGUUAGGCUGGUAAAAGAUGAAGGGCAUAUGGUUAUCCCAUUACGUGAAGCACUAGCACAAGCAAGGAGCCUCAAACUUGAUUUGGUUGAGGUUCAAAGAGGGGUUGAUCCACCUGUCUGUAAAAUCAUGGACUUCGACAGAGAGAAGUAUAAACAAUAUUUGAAGGAGAAGGACCGUGCUAAAAGCAAGCCAGAGUUGACAAUAAGAAAAGGAGAUGUCAAAGAAGUGAGAUUUUCUGAGAAAACUGAACAAAAGGACUUACAGAAUAAAGCAGAUGCAGUCAUAAGACUAAUGCAGCGUGGUUAUCGAGUGAAGUGUAUGGUCACAAGUUCAGUAAAGAAACGUUCUGGUGGAGCCUUGAAAAAGGGUUCAGGGGAUAAAGAUCUAACUGAAGAGGAAAUAGCCGAGCAGAGAAAACAAGAAGAAGAAGAAAGGGAGAAAAUGAAGGCAUUGCUAUCUCGUCUCACUGCUUUGAUCGAAGAUGAAUGUUAUAUGGAGACUGGACUUAUGGUGAGGAAACAACAAGCAUAUGUGAUUGUUAGGCAUAUAAAGUUUGGGCCAUCAAAGAAAGGUAGCACCAAAAAGGUGAUGGAUGUUGACAAGGUUGCUGCUGCAAAGCCAACUGAUGAAGAUGACCUACCAUAUAAAAAGCUUGGGGAUGAUAAAACUGCAUGGUCAGUUGUUGAUUCAGAUGAUGAGUCUGAUAGAAUAUUUGAUCUCAGUGAUGAUGCAAAGAAGCUUAAUAUAAAUUGUGCAGAAGAGGAGAUAAUGAAAGGUCCACCAGAAGCAGAUUCCUCACAUACAAACUUUUACAUUCCUAACUUAUCGCAUCCUAGACCACCACAUGGUUCUAAACAAACAGACAGACCUCUAUCCUCACCUCAGACCUUUGCGGCUGAAAACCGGUACAAAAGAAGUGAACCAAUGGAGCAGUUCUCUCCUAGUAUAAGGGACAAUAGGCUGGGCCCAGAUAAGACAGGUUCAUUCAGUUUUGAACCGCGACUAUCACGUCGAAGUGAGAACUCUCAAUCACAGAAAAAUACCACUCCAUCGAUGGGUGUAAGGGAUCCAAUUCGGACAGAUUCUUCCUCUUCGAGAAACAUAAAGCUUCCUCCAGCUGAAAUGCUUAAACAAGACUCAAAUUUGCCUGAUGCUGCUGCUACCCGAAGAUCUAGUUAUGGAAUAUUUAGCUCUACAAAAGCAACCACUCCUGAAAAACAAGGUCUAGCAGCAGAAGAUUACAAAAGUUCAAAAUCUGAUGGUAGCCGAAGAACGGGCGAUGAUGGUAACAGUGGACAAGGGAAAUGGGGAAUAUUCAGUAAUAAUACCCCCCAGGCGAAUUCAAAUCGGGUAUCCAAGUAACACUAAGGUGCAGAGAGAGAUUAUUUUCUGUUAGAUUUAUAUUGCAUAGUAACCUCUGAACGUAGGGCUGCAGAAUAUAUAUAUUUUUUAUAUAUUUGAAGGAGCCAUUAUUUAUUACUUUGCAGCAGGAAAUACUGCAAAUACUGCUCAUAAUAUCUGAGAUCAUCACCGAGGAAUUUUGUUAUCUAAAUUCUUAAUAAGCUCCAUUAGAGGAUAUUCUUUUCCAGCC